UUUUUGUUUUUUUUUACAGAAGAACGAGGACCGAGAUCGGCACGCGCCGCGCAUGCCGAGCGAGCGGCCGUCGCCAUAGCAACCGCGUUACGAUUCUAAAAGCCCCCCCACCACCCCACCUUUUCUUUCUAUCUUUCCUUCUUGCUUCAUUAAAGUCACAUGACCCGCGGCUUUGACGUCACCGUGGUUUCGGAGCCGGGAGCCGAGGCGAGCGCGCGCGCCGACAGUCUGCGGAGUUCGGAGUGGAGACAGUCUCUCUGAUCGCGUCCCUUUCUGUGUCUCUGUCUCUGUCUCUGAAUCACUCUGUAUCUCUUCGUGUAUGUGUGUGUUUCUCCUUCUCUCCUUCUCUCACACACACACACAUACUGUACACACACGCUCGCGGAUGGGUGUGUGUGUUCCGUCGGCGCAUCUCCGGGUUAUGGACGUAUAAAAGAUCAGAAGACGCAUCUGCUGUCUGUCCAUCUGCAUUUUCUGCGCUGAAACAGAAUACUUGUGGUAAUGGGGAAGCAGAACAGUAAACUCCGUCCUGAGGUGAUCCAGGACCUGUUGGAGAGCACUGAUUUCACAGAGGAGGAGAUUCAGGAGUGGUAUAAGGGCUUUCUCCGGGAUUGUCCCAGCGGCGCACUCACCAUGGAAGAGUUCAAGAAGAUCUACGGCAACUUCUUCCCAUACGGAGAUGCAUCCAAGUUUGCCGAGCACGUCUUCCGCACCUUCGAUGCCAACGGAGAUGGAACGAUAGACUUCAGAGAGUUCAUCAUCGCGCUGAGCAUCACGUCUCGUGGCCAGCUGGACCAGAAACUUAAGUGGGCGUUCAGCAUGUAUGACCUGGAUGGCAACGGCUACAUUAGCAAGGCAGAGAUGCUGGAGAUUGUUCAGGCCAUCUAUAAGAUGGUGUCGUCGGUGAUGAAGAUGCCAGAGGACGAAUCCACACCUGAGAAACGAACAGAGAAAAUCUUCCGCCAGAUGGAUACGAACCGUGAUGGUAAACUGUCCCUGGAGGAAUUUGUGGAAGGAGCAAAGAACGACCCGUCCAUCGUUCGGCUCCUACAGUGCGACCCAAGCAGCGCCGGGCAGUAAAGCGAGUGGCGCAACGCCCCCUGCUGCACCUUACACACACACACACACACACACACACACACACACACACACACGCACGCACAUAUGGACUCAGUGACUUCAGGAAAUCCUCCUGUUCGGUGCACUAACACUGAAAUGGCAUCUUUAGACAGGAUGUGCUGGGAUGAAAAGUAAUGUACAUUUCUCUGUAAUGUGGUACAGAUACGGAUUGUACAAUCCGAUCUAUAAAUAAAAAAGUUCUAGGAAGUGUUGAAAAAAACGUA